AUGGCGGAAUCGUCCAAUAAGAUGUCCGCUGUCAUUAGAAUAGUACCAGAUCCAAUUCUUCCAUAUGCCGGUCAUAUCGAUCAGAUUCCAACCAUACUUAGAUCUGUUAUUACAAUAGUUGAUAAUUAUACAAUACCAUCUGAUUUGAAUAACUUAAGAUACACUCCAUUCAAGAAUGAGGGAACAACCUUGGUUCAUAAUAGAACCAAUAUUUCAAAUCCACUGCUGAAUUUUUUUAAUAUAGCAUCCUUAUAUCCAUCCUAUUUACCAGUAACAAUUAUUUUCCAAUUUAUUUUAGGUGCAAAUGCUAGCGGUAGUGAGAUGAAUGACUUGCUCAAUAAAGCGUUUAAAUUGAAACAAUUGGGGGGUACCUUUAAUCUUGUUUUGAAAAUAUUCAAAAUCCAAAAUGGUGAUCUGAAUUCCUUUAAAUUACCAAGUGACUUAAAAAGAUUUGGAUUUGUUGGGUUUGAAAUUGACACCGAUUUAAUUACAGAAAGCUAUGAGGAUAUUAAUACCUAUAAGAAAUGGAUCAAUACUCACUUGGAAAUUUCACUCAGUUUUUUGGGUGAUCUGGCACAAUAUGUCAGUGUUGGACAAAAAAUUAAAAUAACUGACACUAUCUUGUGGUUGCAUUUACCAUGUUUAAGAUAUGCAAGAUUCGAAUCGUACGAUAUAUCAAGUCAAUAUAAGGUAUAUCAUUUCUUAAAUCGUCAUAAAGAUACGCUUGAAAAGGUUGUUCUCAGGGACUCUGAUUUUUCAGAGUUCCGUAACCUAACUAGACUAAAAUCAAUCCAAUUGAUAGGAGUAGGCUCAAACGUUGUGCAACUUCAUGACACCUUGAGUGUGCCAGUGGUGAUGUGGCUUGGAAUUUCGAAUCCUAAAUUCCAUAUAAAUAUUGCAUCAUUGGAUAAGAAAAUGAUUCGUCUUCAUUUUCUGACCAAUCCUGAUUUAACCCAACAACAACAGACGUCAUUGACCAAUUCACUUCAUAAAUGUGGAAUCAAUUUUAUAUAUCAUACAUUUCAACCUCAUUAUUUGAAAACACCAAAACCAAAAGAGGUAUUCGAUCAAUUUAAAAGAAUGACGACAAAUGAAGUUAAUGAAAAGAUUAGAUUGUCAAAAUUAGCUGAAUUAGCUGAAUUUUAUUAG